UAACGUUGUCUAUAUAUACCCUGUAGAACCGAAUUUGUGUGGUAUCCACGUAGUCACAGAUUCGAUUCUAGGGGAAUAUAUGGUCGAUGCAAAAACUUCACAUUGCUUCGAAAUAGCCAGAUACCGAGGUGGAGACUAGAAGCCACCGGCACUUGUCAGCCACCUCUUUCUGUUUUAGUACCUUGGAUGCCAGGAAGAUCGACUGUGCCUGGUGACAUAGAGCAGCCCUUUACUCCCCAGAAGUUCCUCUUCACCUUUAAACAGAGGCUUCUGUGGCUGCUCCAAAAAGAAACUCUAAUUGGUUGCAUGAAGGCAGGUCCAAAGGGCUAGGUUUUGGGGUGCUAGGAAGUGAGGUGGAAGGCCAGCUAGCCUUAGCCCCACCUGUGCCCUUGAGGGGCAUGAUGUGCAAAGGUACCCAAAUGGGAGCUUGCUGGAAUUUAGGGCCUGCCUGUGGGAAGAGAGCAAGCUGGGAAGAAGGCCAGUCGGGACCUUUGUCAUGCAUUUGGGUGAGGUGUGGGUACCCUCACCAGCAUCUCAGCCCACCCCUCACCUGCACGGACCAGGGCAGGCAAGGCCUCUUGCCUUAUCAGCAGGGCCCAGCUUUGGCUGGGAACACCCUGGCUUGGGCACCGGUAGAAAGCAUGGCGGUUACUCUUUGCCUAAUUUGAUUCAGGUCGGCCAGAUUCUGGUAACUUUUGGGUGAGCCUGAUGAAGACAAAGCCCGGACCAAGGCCUUUGUAUGGCAGAGUCUCAGCUCUCGCGAGCUGGCCGGACAGGACACCGCCGGCCUGGGGCACUCUGCCCGACUCACAGGCAACCUUGCUCACCCACCUUUCUCGUUGCCCUGCACCCCAAUGGGAGGAUUCGUUCUCCCUUGAACUGUGCCCACUUGGUGGGGGGCUGCUUUCACUCAGGGGUUAGUGGAGAGGUUAGUAAAAUCAAUGGCAGACAAAAGCUGGGAUUACCUGAGGGGAAUGGGGGUGCUAGGGAUUGGAACUAUAUUAACAUCUGGCGGGGGCUCAAAUGUGCCAUGGCGAGUCACUUGAUUACACGUAUGUUAUUUAGUUAAAUUUGUGAAAAUUAUGAGAUGCUCACCAACCCGGUGAUAAACUCGCUCCCUUGCUAUUGGCUGGCCUGGUCACAUGGCCGCCCAACUUUAUUCAGUUGACAGCAAGUAGGAGGGCCCUAUGGAAGGAGAAAAAAAGACAACACGAGAAAAAUUAGUAUUUUCUACCUUCAGAAAUUAAUGGCCAUGAGUUCGUAUAUGGUGAACUCCAAGUAUGUGGACCCCAAGUUCCCUCCGUGCGAGGAAUAUUUGCAGGGCAGCUACCUAGGCGAGCAGGGCGCUGACUACUACGGUGGCGGCGCGCAGGGCGCAGACUUCCAGCCCCCGGGGCUCUACCCGCGGCCCGACUUCGGCGAGCAGCCUUUCGGAGGCGGCGGCCCCGGGCCCGGCUCGGCACUGUCUGCGCGGGGUCACGGGCAAGAGCCAAGCGGCCCUGGCGGUCACUACGCCGCUCCGGGAGAGCCGUGCGCGGCGCCCCCGGCGCCUCCACCCGCACCCCUGCCUGGCGCCCGGGCCUGCAGCCAGUCCGGCGGCCCCAAGCAGCCGCCCCCCGGGACUGCACUCAAGCAGCCAGCGGUGGUCUAUCCCUGGAUGAAGAAGGUGCACGUGAAUUCGGUGAACCCCAACUACACCGGUGGGGAGCCCAAGCGGUCUCGGACGGCCUACACCCGGCAGCAAGUCCUAGAACUGGAAAAAGAAUUUCAUUUUAACAGGUAUCUGACACGACGCCGUCGGAUUGAAAUCGCUCACACCCUGUGUCUGUCUGAGCGCCAGAUCAAGAUCUGGUUCCAGAACCGGAGGAUGAAGUGGAAAAAAGACCACAAGCUGCCCAACACCAAAGGCAGGUCAUCGUCUUCAUCUUCCUCCUCCUCCUGCUCCUCCUCAGCUGCCCCGGGCCAGCAUUUGCAGCCGAUGGCCAAGGACCACCACACGGACCUGACGACCUUAUAGAAGUGGGGACCCUGGGCCCAUCCCUCCCUGCGCUCCAGGCUGAGCCGAAGCUGCGGGGGCAGGCCGGGCCUGCUGUCACCUCGCUGGGCUCUAAGGUACUGUGGGGUGGACCUGGGACACACAGGCCGCCCUCGGACUAGGUUAGCAUCCUGCCCGAGGGCAGCCCCCUCCCUAGAUCGGGGAUAGGGAUGGGAGGGGGGCGGGAUUCUCUCUUUAAGUAUAUUAUAUGGCAGGAGCUACUGAGAAUAUAAAACCUUGUCGAGUCAUUAAACUCAAUGAAAAUCUCUGCUCUUGGAUUUUGAAUUUGCAGAUGAAGGUUGGAUGCUUUAUCCCAGUAUGAAUUUGGACAUUUUCCCCCAUGCCACCCCUCCAGGGAGCUUUGUGGUUUAAUAACGUGGGGGAGUUAAAGCAGGAGAUUGGCCCAUCCCCAUGCUAGGUGAUUUCAGUGGAUGUAGGAGAGCUGGGCCAGGAUUUUGGAACUCUCUGGGUUGCCUGUAGAAUUUCCUGUAUGAUUAAAAGAAAAUAUUUUGCUCCCAGUGGCCCUAUGUCCAAAGAAGUAAGCCUAGGAAGAAAGUGGAAACGGGUUAUUUUAUGUUUAGAUAUUAUUUGCUUAAAUAUUUAUUUGUUAGGAAAUGGGGUACAGAAAUAACUAACACCUUCAUGCCAAAAAUCUUAAACGAUGAAAGGGACUGAGUUUCAGGGAGCAGAAUCAGAGAUGUAUGUCUUACUUCUGUCUAUAAACCAGGAUUUUGAACUCCACCCCCUCCCCACUCCCUGGAAAUGUGUGUAGGGGGCCCUUAACCCUUCUAGAGGGAAGCAAAGGAUCCACUCAGUUGAGUUCUUGAAAAUGUAUUUCCACAUGUGCUUUUUUCAGCACUGUGCUUACAGCCAGUUCUGGAUGAUUAAAGGAAAGAGGAAAAAAGAAACAAAUGGUCCAACAUUUUCCUUCUGGGGAAAGAAAACAAAACUCUAUGUACUGGAUUGUUAGAUAAUGACUGAAUUUUCUGUUCCAAUAGGACUCCAAAUGCCCCCAAAUACAUAGCAGUAUUUUAUAGGAAUUGGUAUAUGGCCUAUGUGGGGGAGGGGCUGUAUGGUGGGGAGAAAGUGGGAAGGUGAGGAAGUCUUGCUUUAAAAAAGAAAAAAAAAACUUAAUUGAAUCUAGAAGUCCAUAAAAGUUGGUCUGGGGUGGGGUUCCCCCCUGAAGCUCCAAUUUUUACAAAACCAAAUUUAAGGAAGUUUUUCUCAGCCCAUUAAUUAGAAGAAGAAAUUGCAAAAGUAUAAAAGUUUUCAAGCCUUCUUCUUUGCCUUGAGAACAGUGAUUUUUUUUUAAAAAAAAAUCACUGUUAAACAACAGGAGAGAUGUUCUUUAGUCAUUUUUCUUAUGCCUUGCCUGAGAAAGGUUCAAAGUUCAUUUUUCUAAAAUGCUGACCCUUGAGGAUAAGGAGGAAAGAGUCAAAGGUAAUGACCAGAGUUCAUGUACUCAAAUGUACAAGUCUUUGGAAGUUUAAACCCCAAAGUCUCAGGCUUCAAAAAAGAAACCCCUGGUUGGAGCUGGCAAAAGGGGACAAAAGGGGAGAGGGAGUAGGUAUAAGCUUAAAACUUAAUUUUAAGAUCCAGAAUGGUGUUAUUUUUUUCAGUGCUUCAGAAUACUUUAGAAGGUUUCCGGGGUAAUUCUCAAAAUAUAUUUAAGUGGCAGGGAAAACAGCUUUUCUUUGCAGGCGUGUUCUUUGGUUCUGUGUCUCCUGAGAGCUGAGGGCAGGUAUUCACUGGAGUCCCUAGGCUGAAAUUCCACUUCUCCUAAAGUAUCUUCCAAGCCUUGGUCUUUUGUAUGAGACCCUGGGGACAGCUCUUUGUUCCUCCUUGGGGUGAGCCUGGCUCUCAGACUUGCACAUGGCAAUACUUGAAUAUCGCCACGUCGGGAUAUUAAAGAUGGAUAUUCCUGCAUUAUUCACAUCAUUGUUUCUAUGACAAAAAGCACAGAGUUCAUACAUAGUCAAGACGUCUUUUUUCUGACGCCCUCACGUUGAGAAGCUGAAAAGGUAUUUUACUGAAGUUCGGGUAAAUUACAGAAUCAGGUUCAUCCAGAGGACAAAUUUUCUAUUCGAUUAGCUGUAUUUCAGCCGGGAGACUGACCUCUAAACCCUUAACCUUUUGGACUCUAACUACCCUUCUCUUCUUUUUUCCCCUCUAACAUGGAGAUCAGUCUUUGGAAGUAGAAUUUGAAAGGAGCCGCUAUCCUUAGGCAAGUUGGAAAGUGGCUAAGAUUCUUUCUUAAAACCUAAAUAUGUGCAUAUAUUGAACCUACUCCUUGGGAGGGAGAAAAGUAUAUAUUUUCAUAACAUCCAACUACAUAUAUAUUAUAGAGAUUAUUAUAUGGAUUUUCCCCCUCCUCAGAAGUCCAGGUUACUCACCCCAGCUUCCUACCAAAUGCCACAACUACUUAACUGACAUCAUCCCUGGCCCAGAGGAAAGCCAAGAGGCAUGUUUUAAUGAGGAAAACCCAAGCUCCUUCUCAAACAUAGCCACACUACUUUGAAAAGUAACUUAAUCAGAGAAACAACUUCUUUGUUUAUAAAUCUCAGCUCUCCUUCUCAGCUUCCAGGGAUUGUCUUUUGAUAUGUUAAUGGAGCCUUGAUGGCCCAAAGGGCAGCCUCUUACCCUGAAGUUCCACUCAGACCCCAGCAUCCAUUUGGGCCCACAGGAGUGGGCCAAGGAAGGGGCAGGGCCCCCCAACCACCUAGGGCAGGGAAGGAAAUGGGUUUCUCUCUGGGAACGUGUGCUGGAGAAAGCUACAUGUGGAAAGGCUCCAGUGCCCAUUUGCUAUUAUUUGUUUCUAAUUUGUUCCCCUAAAUAUGAGCCAGAGUGUGUGUUUUGGUGUUUAAAAACAAAAAACAACAACAGAAAACCUGUGUUGGGGCUGUGACUGGGGGAGGGGGAGAGUGAAAUGUUUGCUGAGGACACUGCUCCUCAGACUCCCAUCUCACUUUGUCCAUCGCAGCCUUUUGUUGUGAGAUGACAUUGUCAGUCAGCCCCAUGGUGUCUGUUCACACGAGAUGCUUUUUUUAAUAGAAUUGACCAAUGUUUUGCUGCCACUGAUUAAAGUAUUAUUUAUACUAA